AUGGUAUUUUUGCAGCAGCCAAAGCGCACAUAUGGCUUCUACAUUCCCUGGGUUAAAGAUCAUGGUGAACCAGAUUCUACUGAAAUUGCCUUAUUUGUAUCUGAAAACGCAGAAGCAGGAACGGUCGUGGGAAUUCUAAACCAACAACUUCCAUUUCUCCAAACUGCUGGUGGUCUAAGGUACCAGAUUUAUAAUUUAGGACCCGUUCAGGAGGGAGAAGUGCAGGCAUUAUCUCAUUCAAUUAAUGAUACUGAUUCCAUUUUUAAUAUUGACCCGGAUUCCUCCGUAAUUCGUGUUGCAGAUUCACUCAAACUAGACCGUGAGAGACUUUGUCCAUUUGCUUCCGGAACAGAGAAGGAAUGUAGUCUUAUCUAUGGUGUUUCAGUCUCGAGGAGAGCGAAUUCCGCUCCUCCUCUAACACCACAACAGUCGUGGUUUCGAGUGAAAAUUAUUAUCCAGGAUGUCAAUGACUGUGUUCCGAAAUUCAACUACGACUUGAAUCGCGGUUGCAAAACUGUUGAUCUUCCUGAAGAUACCCCUGUCGGCACAAAAGUCCAACUUCCCCACGCUGUGGACCUUGACAGUUUGCAAAACAGUCAGCUCAUUUAUCAUUUGAAUUGCCAGAAUGGACCAACAAAUCAUCCCUUUGCUCUUUACCAAACACGUCAUUCAGCGCCCGCCGCCAGAGAUGGGGGUUUCAGUCAAAUUUGUCUCCAACUACGGUAUCCGCUGGAUUACGAGAAACAGGAUUCCUACAACUGCACACUGACAGUCUGUGAUAACGGGAUGUCCAUGUUAUGUUCAACAUUGCCCUUAUGUAUUUCCGUUCAUGAUGUUAACGACAAUGCCCCAGUGUUCCUUAACGCGAACACUUCCUUGGUUCUUCGUGAGGAUAUCCCAGUCGGAAGCCGCGUCACAACGAUUAAUGCAACCGACGCAGAUAGCGGAGCCUUUGGCAACAUUCGGUAUUCCCUUGUGGCCGACAUGCACGACAGUUUUAGGACUCAACGACACUUUCGUGUGGAUCCAGUCUCUGGAGAUUUAAUUCUUACUUCUCAGUUGGAAGGUGGGAAAAAGUUCCUCAUUUGGGUGGAAGCCCGUGACGGUGGUCAACCAGAAUCACGAUUGAGCAGAUCUACACUCUCCAUUUACGUAGUUGAUGUAAAUAACCACGCCCCUAAAAUAACAGUUCUUCCGGCUGCAAGUAAAGUUAGGAUUUUGACAAACGGAGAUCCAUCGAAGACGUCAGUUCGUCCUGCCCUUUCACGGGUCACAAGGGUGCCAUGCAAUUUCGGCGGGAUUCAGGAAACCAGACUGUGUCAAGAGAGAGGCGAGGAAAGCAGUCUGAUUCAAGUGUUUGAGGAUAACAUUGCUCCAACAAAUAUUGCAUUUAUUCAUGUAUCUGACGCUGACGUUGGAGAAAAUGCUCAAAUUGACUGUCAACUGCAGCAUCAGACGGAGGUUCCGUUUGGAAACAACAUUAAAUUGGUUGCAGAACACCAAGUUUCUAGCAGCAAAAUUGUAUAUAAACUCGUGCUUGAAAUAAUGCUAGAUUGCGAAACACAUACAUAUUCAAAAGGUCGUUCGAUCUGUAAUUCAGCAUGGACUAUUUCAGUCAGAAUCGCUUGCCGUGAUUUCGGAAGUCCAGUACGGAAAUCCUACCAUAAUGUAUUUGUUGAAAUUCUUGAUAACAACGAGUUUCCACCCGUUUUUGAAAAUGAACAGUACGUGGCUGAGCUUAGGGAAGGUGUUCCGGUCGGGUCUAAUGUUCUGCAAGUUUCUGUUACUGACGCGGAUUCAGUUGUUCAGGUCACUUCUCAUUCUGAACAGCACAAUUCGAAACAAUUUCAACAGUCUCACUCUGGCCGAACCCUUCGCUUUGAGUUAGAACCUCAGAGUGAUCUCCCAUUUGCUAUUGAUCAGCAUUCCGGAAGGAUCUAUGCAAAUGGAGACCUGGACGCAGAAACUAAAAAGGAGUACUCAUUCAAAGUCAAGGCAAUAAAUACUGGCGCCGACAAUGUCACACUUACAAGCACGUGUCAGGUCAUCGUCAACGUCCAGAACAUCAACGACAACCCCCCGCGAAUCCUAACUCCUCGGAUGAUAGUUGGGACACUCGCGACGGAAAAGAAAGGAAUUGUAGUUCAGAUACCCGAAAAUCUUCACAAGGGCACCGUCUUUAUGCAGCUUCGCACUCUGGAUCCCGAUGGCACUGAUAACUCAACAAUUCAGCUCCGGGGUUGUCUUCCUCGCCAGCCUAGUCAACCUUCCGGUAAAAAACAGUUGCCAAAGUCGAUCUUUGAAGUGGACAAGAAAACUGGAAAGUGUUGGACUUUAGAAAACUUAGACCGGGAGACAGAAUCAGCUUAUGUGUGCACUUUAGUUGCCAUGGAUAGCGAAACAACAGACGGUCUGACCUCAACGGCCACUAUAACUAUUGAGCUGCUGGACGAAAACGACAACUCGCCUGUCUGGCUAUAUCCCCGGGCACCGGACGACUCUCGCAUCCAAAUCGGCAUUGACUUUCCAACAAGCAGGAUCAUUACACGCGUUCGUGCUGUCGACCCAGACAGUGGACAAAAUGCCCGAGUGAUCUACUCACUAGAAGACGCGUCAUUUGUGCAUUUUAACCAAGAAUCGACAUGUGAUCUCCGUGGUUUAUUUAACGUGGAAGGUGCAUCUGGCCAUCUUCGUACGAGAGAAGGAAUAAAGUCUUGCGUUAAGGCGGGCGAUUCAGUUCGUCUGCUUCUAAGGGCCACCGAUGAGGGCACACCACCCCAAUCAAAGGAUGCCGAAUUUUUUUUAGAAUUUAAAGCGGGCGCUGAGAUUCUAAAUAUUCCCCCAGAAUCAACGUUUCUAACACAAGCGGAUGAGGCGUUUGCAAAUAAACCCGUUUAUUUUGACUCGCACUCGCGGGAGAGAUCUAGCCAGUCUAACCUCGCAACUGCAGUUAGCAAGGAGAAGGACACAGAUGCAGCAGGCGCAAAGAGAAUACAGGUCUUUGUAUUAAUGAUCGCUGUACCUCUGGCAGCAAUUGUUUUCUGCUGUUGUCUGAUCACUGCCUUGCUCUUUGUUAUUCGGUCACGUCGAAGAGGAAGACUGCGUGGGGGAAGCAAAGGGCAAGUGCAUUCUAAUGAACUUGAACUGUUGGACAUCGGAAAUGGAAAGGGGGGCUCCUUCAAGCAAACGAGGGAAACAAAAUUAUCCAAAGGAACAAAAUAUUUGCCACCCUCAAAGCCCCCAACUCCACAAAUGACGCAAAUGUGCUAUGAGGCGGAGGUGCGCAAGGCCUUUUCCCAGCAUUCUCUUCAGAUGGGCAGUGAAAAUGAGUUUAUUCAUUCAUCGGCUGGCAACCAUAUUGACGAUGCUGUUUCCAUCCACAGCGGUGAAACCCAAAUGGAUGGUAAAUUAAUCUAUCCAAUCUACCUGAAACCCCUUGCUGAUGGGCCGACAACGUCAACGUCACAAGGAAAUGCAGUAAUUCGAAUAACUAGCAUUCCAGAACUGGAAGGGACCAUACUUGUGCCAAUAUCAAAGAACGAUACAAUUCCAGGUGCAAUUGUCAAGUCAUCAGUAGCCUACCAGCAAGUUCCUGAAACGGAAAUCUUGAUGGCUUGUGUUAUGCCAGAAACGGACAAGUCGAGUGCGGAUUCGGGCAAGGGUCAAAGCGAUGAUGACAUCUUCAGUCAUGACGGAGUCCGGCGACAGAAGUGCUUCCCUUCAACGAGCUUCAUUUGUGUUCCCGUCUCCUCCACAGACGUUGGCCAUUUGAAGCCGCAGACAACCGGCCCUUCUGUUGUCUCCCUGCACCCCACUCCGUCCAGGCUCACGCCAGUUCCACAAUUAAAACAAGUGAUUCACCCACACAGUGAAAACAACAACAACAACAGCGAUGGCAAUUCCUUGUCUUCCUAG